UUUGAACAUUUGUUUUUUAAGUUCCUUUGACUUUAGUUUCAAUAGUUUAGUUUCAAUUUCAAAAUUCGGAGCAAAAUUUAUUCGUCCUACUUGUGAAUUCCAAAAUUUAGUUAAAAUUUUAUUUCCAUUUUCCUAUUUUCCUGCAAAUUUUGAACCGAAAUGAGGUCCUUUAGCCUUAAAUUGGCAUACUCUGUGGCCAGCUCCAGUUGCCGACGAAUGCUGAGCACGGAUCUGAUGGCGGCUCUUCGUCCUUUCUAUUUGGCCAUCCAACCGAACCGCCAACCUCCGGCGGAGAAGCGUGUCAACGAGGAGUCUCUGCGGCUGCUUAGCUCCCAUCUGGAGUCCUUGACAGGACAUUCGGGCAGCUGUCUACCCGCCGACGGUCAGCUGGAGUUCUACAUGCCGACGGCCAGCGAGAGCAGUCAACUGGGUGGACCGGUGAUGAGUCGUCUGGUCAGAGUCCAGGUGGACAGGAACCUCCUGGAUCCCAGGGCCGUGAUUCGGGGCAUCCUCAAGUCCUGCAACUUGCUGCACACUGAAACGGAUAAGGAUAUGGAGUCCCCAGAGGGAGAUCUGCUUGGCCAUCAGGUGAGAGAUCCUUUGAAAGAGCACUCCCUGGACGCCUGGAUGCGUCAGGCACUGGCUCGGACGGAAGCCAAUGAUCUGGCCACCCUGCGAUCGAAGAUCACGGGCUUGGAACGUACUCUGAUGGAGAAGUGGGGCAUUCGGAAUAUUCGUUAUGAUUGUGGCUGCAACUUGGAACGGUAUCAUAACUGCCUGAGGGAUCUGAAGGUCAUAGCCGACUCCCAGGCGGAGAAUCCCCUCCGGGAUCGCGUCGUUGUCUUUGGCCCGUACACGGGCAUUAGUCUAGAGGGCGAUGUGAUGCUCUUUUCCGGAGAUGCCUCCGCCGGGUGGAGCGAGUUCCUGGCCCAGAUGCGAGUCCACGAGGAUCAGCUGAAGCUGGUGCCGCUUUAUGAGCGCGCCCUGUCCGCCGUCCUGCUGGGCAUUCAGAUCGAGAGACGGCAGUCCCCGGAGCCGGGCUGUGAGGCCCGGGCCUAUGCCGAGAGCCUGAAGCGGGUGAUCCGGGCCGUGAGUGAGCACCUGAAGCUGGCCGAGAGUGUGGACGACUUGCCGGAGACCCUGCGGCAUCACCAGCUGGCCGUUGUGACGGAAAGUGAGUCGCCGAAGGUUAGCCAGACGGGCCUGUUCCUGGCGCCCUCCUCCUGCCCCGGUCCCGAUCUGGUGGACUUCAUCUGUCGCAACCUGGACGUGGCCAGUACGAGGGUUAGACGCUAUCGCCGGGAUAUUCAGGUGGAGCGGCAGUUGUGGCGGCAAUGCCUGUCGGAACUGGAACUGCAGAGGCUCAGCAAGGACGACUCGGUGACGCCGGACAAAAUGGUUACCGCGUUGACGAAUCUCCUCCAGAGUGGGAUCAAGUCCUGUCGCGGUCUCAGCCUCCAUGUGACGAAUUAUUGGUCUGUUCCGACAGACGGUAUUGUCUGCAUUCCAUGGGACUUCCAUAAGACCAAGGAGCAAUCCUAAACCAUCUCCUCCUCAGACCUCAUUUCAAAGACUUCAUUUUUCUUUAGAAGAAAAAAAUAUUUGCAAAAAAAAAAAAAGAAUAUUAAUUUAAUAAUCAUUUCAGCUAAUUUGCAUGUAUUUUAUUUUGGAUAUAAUCACUUUGAUUUGAGAAAGUUAUUUAAAUAAAAAAAAUCCCUCACUUUUCUAUGGUUA